AUGGAUCCCAAACGUCAGAAUGUGAAACUGAAUGAUGGUCACUUCAUUCCUGCCCUGGGAUUCGGCACCUGUGCACCUCCAGAGGUUCCUAAGAGUAAAACUGUGGAGGUCAUUAAAUUAGCAAUAGAAGCCGGGUUUCGCCAUAUUGAUUCUGCUUAUUUGUACAAUAAUGAAGAGGAGGUUGGAUUGGCCAUCCGAAGCAAGAUUGCAGAGGGCAUUGUGAAGAGAGAGGACAUAUUCUACACUUCAAAGCUCUGGUGCACUUUUCAUCGACCAGAUUUGGUGCGACCAGCCUUGGAAAUGUCACUAAAAAAACUUCAACUGGACUAUGUUGACCUCUACCUUAUUCAUUUCCCAAUGUCUCUGAAGGAAGAUGUAGGAGUUUUUACACUAGAGAAGAAACCUAAGUAG